GUCUAAUUUCAGAAAGUGGUUUUAAGUCUCACCGAUGCUAUGCGCACAUGGUGUUGCUGUAGGCCAAGUUGGAAGCUUUUCACACUUGUUUACCUAGUACUAUGCAUAUCAGGGUCACCCAAAAUUUCCUAGCACAAGCAACGGAAGAUUCAGAAGAGGAGUGGAUGCAGACAGCCAACCUGAGCACCACGAUGGCAAAGAAGAACCAGAAUACGCAGAGCCAGAGCAGAGGCAGAUGCUGACUCACAAUUAUGACGACGAUGAUGACUCAAAGGCCGAAGCAGAGGAUGGCGAAGGCUAAUGGAAUAAAGAAGCACCAGAAGAGGCAGAUCCAGAGAACAUGCUAGAGCUACCUGAGGCUUGCUCCUGCUCCCCAAUCCCCCUGUUUUUCUCUUUCCAGCGUGUCAAAUGCUGCCGGCACCACUUCUAGUGGCCGACCACCACUGCUGCUGCUCAGUCUAGCAACCCUGUACCCCUUACUCUGUCUCUGUUUGCUUUACUUCCAGGAUGACCGCCAGAAAAGGAAAGGAAAAGACAAAGGGCAUAGAGCCGAGUAAGAGGGGAAGAACCCGACAAAUUACUGAAUCAGUGGAUAAACCACAAUCUGAGAGGACGAUCAGUAGGAGAGGCCAGAUUAAUCAAAGAACACCUUCUACUGAUCUGUCUAAGUUCUCCAACCUCUACUCAGAGCUCAAGUUUUUUGAAUUUCAAAAGAGGAGCCUCCAUGUUGAGCGAAAGCUCCAGAUCCUCCCUGAGAUGAGAAAGUUCACUGAUGAUUGGAUUGAUCAGCGGGGAUGGAAAUGCAUCUUGGGUUCUUGAAUUCUAUGCCAACUACUACAUGGGAGUCCUCGAUGCAGUUUACCUCAUAGACAAGCAGAUUUUGGUGACUGACGAAGUCCUCGAGGAGAUCCUUCACAUCCCGCCUAAGCUUGAAGGCCAGGAUGAUUAUGAGAGGGCGGAGGAGGAUCGACUCAUUUUGACCUUUGAUUGGCACAAGGUCCUAGAGGUGAUAGCCCAGUCGGAUAGCACAUGGAUUUAUGGUACUCAGAAAUCGGGCCCCAAAUCUAUUGCCAUCAAGUACCUGACUAUUGAGGCCCGAGUAUGGCAUCAGAUUCUCACUAACUAUGUGAUGCCAAGUACCUAUGAGACCGAUAUCACAGCAGAUAUGGCGGUUUUUAUCUGGUGUGCUUUGGAGGGUAAACAGAUGUACCUUCCAAGACUCGUCAGGAAGUACAUGGGACGAGCUCACAUCAUGGGCAACCUAGCCUUCCCUUGCUUGAACACUCGGUUAGCUCUGAGGGCCGAGGUUGUCUGGGAGGACGCUGAUGAGAGACCUACAAUCGCCGGAAGUAAGAAGAUCAUACCUCAUGGCGACUUGUACAAAUCUUAGCCAUCCACCAGAUGCAGAGGGUGCAGCCAGGCAUCCACUUCAGCACCAGCACCUAAGCAGCCACAGUUAGCAGCAGCACCACCAUCACCAUUAUCACAGCCGAUCCAUCAUCUUGUCCAGAGACUCUUCGAGGAGAUAACCCGCUUGGAGCGUCGUAGGAAGUGACGCUAUGAGAAUAUCAAGCGUCAAAACUGGAAUUGGGACCCGAUGAUCGAGGAAUUAGACACCCCUCAGAGCAUUGCAGUGAGAAGGAGCAGAAUCCACCAGUUAAAGGUGGUGAUGAGUAAAGCUCCAACUUGUUUUACUUGCACGGAAGACCGUGCAUAUUUUUAAAUGUGGGGAGGUCGAGCGACAAGAUCGGCUGUUGGGUGAUAAUUUUUCCUUCCAAACACUUACUUUUUUAUUUUCAUUAUACUUUUUGAUUAUUUGCUAGUAUUUUGAUACUUUGAGUACCUUUUAGUUUAUUGUACUUUUUAUUUUGAUUUGUAUAUAUUUUAAAUAUCUUUUCGAGUUUUAGCGUAUUUUACUUCUUGCAUAUGGUUUGUACAUAUAUAUCUUUAGCAUUUAGUUAUUAUUGGAUAAUGUGA